AUGAGCUUGAAAGAAGUAUUCGAACAACAUCCAUGGAGGUCAUUUAAGAAGUUCAAUGAAGCUGCAAAGAGUUCGGGAUUUACUAACAGAGCUGAAGUUAAAAAGUUCUUUGACAAAAAUGUUGUACAUCAAACAAAAAUAAAUCCUUACGACUACUUUUUACCAAUUUACUCCAACACUCCUGACGCAUACCAAUUUGACACUCUCAUUCAAAGCAGAAAAGGAGGACAUAAACCAUUCCUCAUCUUCAUUAAUGUUAACACUCGUAAAGCUUUUGCGUAUAUAAUGAAAAAUAAAGGAACUCGUGAAGUGUUAAGAGUUUUACAAAAGUUUGUAGCAGAACAUAGCCCAAGUACUUUAACAUCAGACCAAGACAGUGCAUACCUCAGCAAUGAAAUCACAGAUUUUCUCAUUAAGCAUAACAUAA